CUUGAGUUAAGAAAUUCUGCCGAAAAGAAACUCAAAAACGGGUUUUUCUUCUGCCACCUUCUUCUUCACAUUGUUGCGUGUUCUAACACCUUCUUCUUUUAUUCUUGAUCACCCACAAGAAAAUUUGUUACGAAACCAAGUUCACAAUCUCAAAGGGUAUCUGUAACUAUAUUUUCAUGGAGAAACAGAACCAUACGACAGACACUGAUGAGUUUUCGACUCUGGGCCCCACAUCGAACGAGCCACACACUCCAAUGGUGCAUGUCAACGCCGACAACAACAACAACAACGUUGUUAGCGCCGCCGUUAACGUUGGAGUUGGUUCUGUUUCGGAGCUUGUUGUGGCUGUAGCAAAGUCCGAGGCUGUAGGUUCGGGACAGAUGGUGAAGAGAGGGAGGGGGAGGCCUCGGAAGUACGACGCUGUCGGGAGUGCUGUGUUGCCGGCGACGACGGGACCGCCGGGAUUUUCUGAUCAGACUGUCAAGAGAGGUCGGGGACGCCCCCGUGGUUCUGGGAAACUGCAGAUUCUAGCUUCCAUUGGUGGUUUUGUGGCAGAAACAGCUGGGGGAAGCAUCAUACCUCAUGUGCUGACUGUGAAAAUUGGAGAGGAUUUGGUCAGCACCAUAAUGUCAUUUUUUGACAAAGGCCCUCGAGCAGUUUGCAUACUUUCUGCCACUGGUGCUGUUUCAGAUGUGGCCAUUCGCCAAAAUGGUGCUUCUCAUGUUAUUAUGAGACUUGAGGGUACCUUUGAGAUAUUGUCUUUAUCUGGAGCAUGUACCUACACUAGUAGCCCUUCUGGUCUAGUUCGUAAAACUGGCUCGUUGAGUGUUUCAUUGGCUAGAACUGAUGGGAGAGUUUUUGGAGGUGUUCUUGAGAGUGCAUUGGUAGCAGCUUGCCCUAUUCAACUUGUUAUGGCCUCUUUCAAGCAAAACAUCAGCAGCCAACAAAUUAAGAGAAAACAGUUGUCUGAAUCUUCUAAUGCACCCCUUAUGCUGUGCAAUUCAGAUUCAGAAAGGGACCAACUGAAACUUCCAAAGUUGACAGGAGGUGAGAAGAGUUGUCCUUCACCACCACCAACAACACUUGAGCCAACAGCAACAGCUAAUGGUGUAGCAGAUAAUGUCUUUGUUGCAACAUCCAAUGGAAUGGUAGAUAAUGCUAUUACUCCAGAUCACAACGUGCACUCUCCCUCUGUUAAUGGUGUUGUUGAUUUAGACAGCCAGGCCCCGCAGCCCGCAUCAGACGAUUCAGACCAAAGGACUUAUGCAGAUGUGAGUGCAAGUGUCAUGGUGUUAUGAAGUUAUCAACAAUAGCCUCUUUCUUCAAGUUUUCAUUGUGGAGAUUAAGUUUUAUGUUUCCUUUUGUUCAUGCCAGUGGUUAAAUUGUUUUUAGUGUCUGACUUUAUGAGAAGUUGUUCAUCAUGUAGUUUUGGUGAAGUGGGAGAGAACUCGUUAGUCAUCUUUGUAAAAAUGUGAUGCUUCAUUCGGUGAUUUCAUUUCGUGCUUUAUUUCUUAAA